AUGCUGAUGACAGAUAGCUAUGAUAUGGUGGGACCAUCAACAUCGUAUGCGCCACAAAUGGAUCAUAUGAAUCCAUCUUCGGUCGGGAACCCAUCGUCACAUUCUGGAAUGAAUCAGCAACAACAUCAGAGUACGAACAGUGGUCAACAAAUGCAGCAGCCGCCACCACCGUCGAGAAAGUUUGAAAGUGCUAAUAAUAGUUUUACUCAGCAACCACAACAACAACAGCAGCAGCUUCCACCGCCUCCACCACAGCCUAAGAAGCCGGCGUCAAAAAAUAAGCCAACUCCAAGGCCCGUUCAACAACAGAUGCAACAUCCACCCCAGCAACAACAAUUGCCGAUGAUUGCGCAAGCUCAAAUGACCCCCUCUAAAAUAAUGAUGGAACCUCCAAGCACGACAAUGGUACCGAGUAAUAACCAGAUGAAUCAGAUGUAUAAUGGUAACGGAUCGGAAAAUUAUGCAGGGUAUCAGUCGAUGGAACCCGGAACGAGUCAGCAGCAGUAUAAUGAUUUUCAACAACCACAAUCCCAUGAAGCUAUGCUACAGCACCAUCAGAAUCAGGGCCAUCCGCAGGUUAUUCAAGCUAAAGUAGUGCCAUCUAUGAACUAA